UUUUUAUAUUUUUUCCUCCUUCACUCCCUCCAUUAAACCUCUAUAUAAAGCGCACCCCUAUACUCUACUCUCCAGAGUCUCCACUACUACCACCCACAUUACCACUUUGGCCAUUUUCCUAACUUGAUCAGCUCCUCUGCGAAACCUUGUGCUCUCUCAAUCCACCACAAAAAGAAAAAAAAAAAAAAACCACAAUGGAGUUCAAAGACCCAAUUUGCUCCCAAAUCCUCUCACUCUCAACUCUCAAACUCGACAGUGAUCUUGAAAUUGCUGGUGACGAAACCCACCACUUGGCCGUCGUGGCCGCACCGAUUGUCUCCUCCUACAACGACCGCAUCCGCCCCGUCCUCGACGCCGUCGACAAGCUCCGCAACCUCGCCGUCAUGGACGAAGGCAUCGAGCUCCCCACCAUCGUCGUCGUCGGCGACCAGUCCUCCGGCAAGUCCUCCGUCCUCGAGUCUCUCGCCCGCAUCAACCUCCCUCGCGGCCAGGGAAUCUGCACCAGAGUCCCCCUCGUCAUGCGGCUCCAAAACCACUCCUCUCCAGAACCCGAAAUUUUCUUGGAGUACAGCGGCAAAGUGGUCCCCACCACCGAAGAUAACAUUUCGGAAGCCAUCAAUAUGGCUACUGGGGAGAUCGCCGGCAACGGGAAGGGAAUAUCCAAAACCCGCCUGACUCUGACGGUGAAGAAACAGGGCGUUCCUGAUUUGACGAUGGUGGAUCUUCCGGGAAUCACCAGAGUCCCUGUUCUUGGUCAACCGGAGAACAUCUACGACCAGAUAAGGGACAUUAUAAUGGAGUAUAUUAAGCCGGAAGCAAGUAUUAUACUUAAUGUUUUGUCGGCGACUGUCGAUUUUCCGACUUGCGAGUCGAUUCGGAUGUCGCAGAGUGUCGACAAAAACGGAGAGAGAACGCUUGCUGUGGUCACCAAAUGCGAUAAAUCUCCAGAAGGACUUCUCGAGAAGGUGACUUCUGAUGAUGUGAAUAUUGGUCUUGGUUAUGUCUGUGUGAGAAACAGAAUUGGUGAUGAGUCCUAUGAGGAAGCGAGGACCGAAGAAUCCGCACUUUUCGCGUCGCAUCCUCUGCUUUCGAAGAUCGAUAAAUCGAUUGUUGGGGUGCCGGUUUUGGCGCAGAAUCUUAUGCAGAUUCAGGCGAAGAGCAUAGCGAGAAACUUGCCGGACAUUGUUAAGAAGAUCAACGACAAGCUAAACCACAAUCUCACCGAGUUCAAGAAGCUACCGAAGACUAUGUCCUCUGUCGCGGAGGCGAUGACGGCGUUCAUGAGGAUCCUCGGGCAAGUUAAGGAAUCGCUGCAGAAAAUUCUCAUAAGAGGAGAGUUUGACGAGUACCCAGAUGACAAAAAAAUGCAUUGCACUGCAAGGUUGGUGGAGAUGCUUAACAAUUUCAAUGAUGAACUAAAAAAUUCUCCGCAAAGCGACCGGGUUGGAAACUUUCUAAUGGAGGAGAUCAAGCAUUUGGAGGAAGCCAAGGAGAUUUCACUCCCUAAUUUCCUUCCCCGAACAGCCUUUCUCGCGAUACUACAAGAGAAAGUGAAUGGAAUUUCGAAUAUUCCAACCGAGUUCGUCGGAAGAGUUUGGAAUUACAUUGAGGAAGUGGUGAUCUCUGUCUUAAUGAGCCAUGUCGAAGACUAUUACCAGCUUCAGCUUUCGACAAGAAGAGCGGGGCUUAAUCUUAUCGAGAAAAUGAAAGAGCAGUCAAUGAAGUGGGUCAUGGAGGUUGUGGAAAUGGAGAAGCUGACGGAUUAUACUUGUAAUCCGGAAUUCUUAUCCGAAUGGAACAGGCUGAUGGCGGAAAAGGAGGCAUUCAUGAAAGAUAUCGACGAUAAUUCGCGGUAUCAAACCAAUCUCGACGGCUUUGGUUGGAUUGCGACGGGGAAUCUGAGGCCGUUCAGGCAUCUCCUGGAUCAGGCCUUUGAUCUUAGAAUGAGAAUGAUCUCGUAUUGGAGAAUUGUGUUGAGACGGCUUGUGGAUUGCAUGGCGCUUCAUCUGCAGCUGAGUGUUAAUAACCUGGUGAAUAAGGAUUUGGAAUUUGAAAUUGUGAGUGAGUUGAUGGCUCCGCAUGGGAAUGGGAUUGAGAGGCUGAUGGAGGAGUCGCCUUCGGUUUCUACAAAGCGGGUUAAGCUGACUGGGAGUGUCAAGAAGCUUAAAGAGUGCAAGGAGAUUUUGGCUACUAUCAUGGAUAGGAUUGGCUCUAAGUAAAGAUAAUUAAUUUACUAAGUGUUUGGUUUAUGGUUAUUUGUUAUGAUGGUUUAGUUUCUGUGUUUUAGUGUGGUUUUUGCUUUUUAUUUUUUAUUUUUUAUUGUACUAGUCCUUUUGCUGUAAUUUGUAUUAUGUUAAUUUAGUAUUAUUGUGUGAUCAUAUAUCUAUCGAGUAUUAAGCAAUGUGAACUUUUCUAUUUACAUUUUUAAGGUUGAA